UCGGAAUCGGUAUCGGAGAGUGCUUUCUUACACACCGAUAAAAAAGUAAAACUUUGCGCCGUCUUUCAUAAAAGGCCAGGGAUCAGUGCGGUGUGUGUAGCGUCUCGGAACAGUUUAUUAUUUAAUAUGAACAAAAAAGCUGUGUUUUUAUUAUAUUUGCUGUAUUUGCGAAAAAAGAAGUGUCGAGAAAAAAGACGAAAACGAUAUUGGGUCCAUCCCAUAUUAUCUCAAAAAUAUGUAGAAGGAGCAUUUUAUACAAUGUUUGAAAAAUUGCGCGAGCAUGAUGAAAAGUUUUUUAACUACUUCAGAAUGAGCACAGCUACAUUUGACUACUUACUAGAAAAGUUAUCAUGUAGCUUACAAAGACAAGAUACUCAAAUGAGAUUAUGUGUACCUCCAAAAGAAAUGCUGGCAAUAACACUGAGAUAUUUGGCAAGUGGAAACACGUUCACGGAUAUGCAUUAUGCCUACAGAUUAGGAGUUUCAACCAUAAGCAAGAUUAUAAAAGAUGUUUGUCAUAGUAUUUGGAAUAUUUUGAAAGAUGAAUAUCUUCCAACUCCAACAGUAGAAAAUUGGAAGGACAUUGCUGAUGGAUUUACAAGAAAUGCUCAGUUUCCGCACUGCAUAGGAGCUGUGGACGGGAAACACGUCCGCAUUAUGAAGUUUCCAGGCAGUGGAUCGAUGAAUUUGAAUUAUAAACAUUUUUUUUCGAUAGUCCUAAUGGCUAUUGCGGAUUCUAAUUACCGCUUUAUAUACGUAGACAUAGGUGCCUUUGGUAAGGAUUGCGACUCAUCAUUAUCGCUUAUGUCGAGCGCGACGGUAAUAGAAUGUUCGUUCGGUAUAUUAGUGAAUAAGUGGCGAAUAUUUCACAGAGCCAUAAAUGUUGGUAAGGAGUACGCAAAAGAUAUUGUUAAAGCGUGCAUAAUUUUGCACAACCUAGUUCGAGAAAAAGAUGGCACUCGUGUAGAAGAUAUGUACGCACCAGACAGAGAGCUACAAAAUCUACCACCAACUACAGCAUGUCGCGGUGGACGAGCUGCCAAUGAUGUUCGCGAUAAAUUUGCAGAAUUCUUUGUAAGUCCAGAGGGAUCCUUACCAUGGCAAAUGUCUUAA